UAUUGAGACCCAGGCCAAGCAAUUGGGUCGCCGUGUUUUCUGUGGAGUUCUGUCAUUUGUUAAGUUUUUUUUUAUUUAUUAUUUACAUGCCUAAUCAAUCAUUCAAAUAAAUCAAUCAAAUGUUUACUUUAAACCAAAUAAAUGGCGAAAAUAACACUUAUGGAAGGACGUUUGCGGUUUAGCUGCCUCUUUAAGAGCAGUGUGCUGUGAGUAGCCUACAGGUGACCGGUGAUUAUAGGCUGCGUGAAAAGGAAGCACGAGAUUCAUUUAGUUUGUGAUGACUUUCAACCCGGCGUGCAGCCACUUGAUAUGCUUGUUGCCUGGAUCCCAUUGUUUCUUCUCCUGCUAGCUGCAGGGGCGAGGGCAUUCAUGAUCCACAACAGCCAGCGCAGCCUGUGUCUGCAAGAUUCAGCAGCUGCGGGUCAAGUCCUGCUGAAGAACUGCAACCUGGACUCAGAGUCUCAGCAGUGGAUCUGGAUUGAUCAGGGCAUGCUGAUGUGUGUCCAAUCGUCCAGAUGUUUGUCAGCCCUGCAGAGAGAGCCUGUCCAGACUCGGCCCUGCUGGGGGCCCGAGGUGGAUGCCACAGGGUUAAUGUGGGAUUGUGACCGGGGCAGACUGAUCAGCAGGAACACUUCAAUGCUGCUGUCGGUAGAUGGCGGGCGUCUGAUUCUCACACAUGACGGCAAACACUCAAAGUGGAGAUCUCUGGAUGAGGGGGACCUCUGCCAGGAAAAACUCAGAUCCAAGAGGGCAUUUGAUGAGUUUGAGGCUGCAGAGGAGCACGCAGACAAACUGGCGGCCAUGACGGAGGAACAGAGAGAAUAUCUCCGCUGGUACUAUCGCACAGAGGACCCGACCAUAUGGACGUUUGUGCUGCUGGGACUGGCCUUCGUCUGCCUUCUUGUUGGUUUUCUACUGCUGGGAAUGGGAGCCAUGGCCAACAAGAGCAGAAAAAAGAUUGCCAAGUACAAGGCAGCAGCUGCGGCUCAGAAAGCCGAGGAGCUGCAGAUAAUUGCAGCGCACCGAGACGACAGCAGCUGCAGCAGCGAAGCAUCGCCGGCGCUCGCCAGGCAGGGGCAGGGGAACGGGGACCUGACGGAGCUCAGAGCAGGAGACAUCCGGGUCACGUGGAAGGAUGGCAACACGUCCUGCCUGUACCCCGACACUGCAGCACAGGAGGAGAAGCAGAACCAGGAGGAGAAGCAGAACCAGGAGGAGAAGCAGAACCAGGAGGAGAGCCAGAACCAGGAGGAGAAGCAGAACCAGGAGGAGAGCCAGGGUGAGAACCAGGAGCAGGAGUCAGCUGUGGAGCCAGUUAAGACAAAGGAGUGAAGAGUUGAGAUACCAACAGCAGCUGGGACAGUGUUUACCAUGUUGUUCAUGACUUGCUAGAACUUGUUAGGGUUUAACCCUUCACCAUCUGCAAGAUGCUAACUGUAUUUACAACUUUGACUGGCAGCUAAUAAAGCAUUAAAACACAUUCACAGCA